CUCUCCAGCCACAGCCAGUCAGGCAGUGAGUCGAUGGAAGCUGUGUAAUCCUCUGUAAAGUAUAGGGCCUAUACGGCUGCAUUUGCUCCCCUUUUGUCAUGGUGGCGGCGGCUGUUGUUGUUGUUGCAGAGGCCUCCCUCAGGAGAACACAUGAGGGAGAACAGAAAGCCGCAUAAAAGCUCACAAAGGGAGGAAGAGAGAGAGUUGAGUGAGAGACACUGACGCUGCCAUUUAUUUGACCGGAGAAGAAUGAGCUUCACGGGGCAACGGAUGGAAUUCAAUGGGGUUGAAAGUACAUGAUGUGGGACUGGCAUCACCACCCCACACCAAUCACAAAUCGGACCAACUGUCAACUUUGGAGAUAUUUGCCACAUAGUGGGCUGCAGCGAGGGAUGCAGUGAAAAACCGUUAACUAGACAAUACUUUAGUCUUUUCUUGGUUUAGAGUAUUUUUCUAUUUUUUCCUUUCCUUGGUGGUCUUUCUCUAUUACAGCCUACCAAAAGUGCCUUUUUGUCUAUUUUUCUUAUAUAUUCAUACUCCAUCUUGCCACAGAUUAUUGCAUGUAACUUAACAUAAAGUAACCGUCACAUUCAGUAGCUGUUGCCAUAUUUUAGAGUAGGUACACAGUAUAUUUGACUUUGUGUGUGGGCCACAGCACCAGCCAACUGUCCCUUUUCUGAAUUUUGCUUCUUCUUGGGGAUAACUUACUUACUUCCAAGGAUUAAAUCACCGAGGGGUCACGUUCCGCCAGCUGACUUUCUACACGUCCUUCGCCCCCAAAACUCUUGUUGCUUUUGACAACGCAGAGCCGUCGCCAUGAUCGGUAUCCAGUCCAAAUGGCGCUACCUUUUCAUGUUCCUGGGCAUUCAGCUGGUGGUCAUGGCGCUGCUGUCCCGAGAGGGAUACCAGAAGAGGGUCUCCUACUUCAUCCGCAUCUUCCGCAAGCCUGACACCACUAGCUUGUCGGGCCGCAACCACACGGCGGCGGGCAUCGCUGGAGGUGACGUAUACGCCAACCUCUCCCACCUAUCCAAAACCCACGGCCAUGGAGACGCAAUGCCUUACUGCCCUAACACGUCCCCUCUCAUUGGUGGGCCGAUCCACGUCAGCUUCCCGUCAGGCCUCACUCUUGCAGAGGUUCAGAGGAAGAAUCCUCUGGUGGUGCGCGGAGGACGCUACAGGCCGCCUGACUGUGAGGCAAGGCACCGAACAGCCAUCAUCAUUCCCCACAGACACAGAGAACACCACCUCAAGUUCCUCCUGUACUACCUACAUCCUUUCCUGCAGCGGCAACAGCUCAACUAUGGGAUUUACGUCAUUCACCAGGCCGGAAACUACACUUUCAACAGGGCCAAGCUGAUGAAUGUGGGUUUCCGGGAGGCCAUGAAGGAGGAAGACUGGAACUGUCUCUUCUUCCACGAUGUGGACCUCAUCCCCGAAGACGAUCGAAACACGUACGUCUGCGACUCCAACCCCAAGCACGCAGCCAUCGCCAUGGACAAGUUCGGCUACAAGCUUCCGUACAAGAUGUACUUUGGAGGAGUGUCCGCUCUGACGCCGCUGCACUAUCUCAAGAUGAACGGCUUUCCCAACAACUACUGGGGCUGGGGGGGAGAGGACGACGAUAUUGGAGUCAGAGUGACUCUGGGGGGGAUGUACAUCACUCGUCCAUCUGUAAAGGUCGGCCGUUACAAGAUGAUUAAACACAAGCUGGACAAAGGCAAUGACGUGAACCCAAAGAGGUUCAACAUGCUGGCCAAGACGCGUCAGACCUGGAAGUCGGAUGGGAUGAACACCGCUGAAUAUGAGACAAUCUCCCGGCAGUACAUGCCUCUUUACACCAACAUCACCGUCAACAUCGGCACCGAGGACGGUCUUCAUCUGCCUCCACCACCUCCUGCCAAAGCUGCGGUCAAAGAACCUGCCCAAGUCCCAGCGAAAGGCCCCGCCAAACCCCCUGCCAAGCUCGAAGAGGGCCACGCAGAGAAAAAGUCUACCCUAAGGGGCCACUAACAUGUUUCAAUGGGAUAAUCCUGUUUGUACAUGCUGUAGGAUGGUGGUUUUUCUCCUCUAUCGCCUUUUCCAAUUCAAGAUUCAUCAUCAGUUUGUGGAGGAGUUAGUCAGCGCAGAUUCAACAUUGACUGCCUGCGGAGACCGGGGUGAUUGAAACACCCGACUUGUUAAAAAUAGUUGACCUGAAUCUCUCCCCCAUGGUCACCGCUCUCCUCCUCGGUUCCUGUUCAUCGCUGAUUCUCCCUCCGAGGGAGCCACAGUGAAGAGAGAGGGGUAAACAUUGGACUCUAUGAGUUUAUAUAUCUACAGCGCUGUGGUUGCUGCUUAAACCUCGUGAUGCCUUAGAAGCUUGUUCGUUUUUUUUUUUUUUUGUUUUUUUUUGUCUUUUCACUCGUACUUUACAUUAUUUAGAAUAUUGGGUUUAAUGGAGCAGUAGCUCUUUUUUUUUUUUGUCUCAAUGCCAAUGAAUAUAUAAGUGAAGGAGACAGUUUCUUACUUCCAGUUGAGUGUGUGAAGCUGCUACAAUGAGUGCUGAAUGAAGGGACUUUACAGGUCUGUGUAUCGCUGAUGUUGCUGCUUCUGACGUAACAGUGCACAUAUCAUAUCCAGGCUCUCGUUUAGAGAGGGGGUCCUACACAGAGAUGCUGGUCUAUAUCCGUAUCAAAAGACGGACUCAAGUCUUUCCAAUGUUUUCAAAGUUGCGGAUGCUGUACACACAAGUUUUGCCUCCUGUCAUGUUCGUUGGAAUCUCCAGUGUGAAUGAGAGUAAAGUGAAAAUGUUUAAGUUCUGUACUCCAAGGCCAAAGGUACAGUUCCUCUCUGUAGCGUCAGUUCAGCCUUUAACAUUUCAGCAUAUCUGAUAUCUACAACAUUUGAUUGAAGUUGUUUUUUUGUGUAUUUGCCUUUUAUCAGGUAGAGCAGGUCUUGGUGAUCAGUUUUCUGCCUUCAAAGGAGCUUGAGAUUCACAUCAAGAUGGAGUCUGUGUUGCUCAAUACUUCUUUAUGUCGGUUAUGUGCAGAGUACUAUACAUCUCCUUUAUGUAGAUGUAUCUCUCAACAGUGCGAGCUUCCUCCCUUAUCACUUUAUAAGCAGUCAAUCUUCACAAUGUAUCUUUUUGCCCGUCUCCUGUCCUUAAACUAUCCAUGUCGCUGAGAAAUGACCUGGGGAAAAAGCAUUUGCUCUGCACAAGAAUUGUCAUUUCUGCGGCAUCAUCGGGUCCAGGAAUAGAGAAUUGUAAAUGCUGCUGUUUCAAGCUCAGGGUACAGUAGCCAAAUGUAUCCGUGUGGACAAACGAGUGGGUUCAACAGCUGGAGCCCGAAGCACAACGUGACGGAUCUCUGCGAUCUUCUGUUGGUGGGCAAUGGAAGUUGUUCUGCUGUUAUCACAAGAGAACGAUGUGAUUUUGCAUGUUCGGUUUAAGUGGAAGGGUUGUGUUGUGUUCUUGUUUCGAGAGCAUCCUGGGACAUCUUGGACCGAAACCCCACAAGUCUGUUUUCACACGAUGCCGACGGUGGGAAGUCUAACUGGAACAUCUGUGAAACGUUUCCGAUAUCUUGAGCAAUAUUGUUGUGCUAGUGGGAGGCUCGUCAAUAAGGAAACGGGCCAAGAUUCUUCCUCUUUUCUGAUCUCCCUUUUUUUUUUUUUAUUCCUUCAAGAAAUUUGUCUUCCAUCUCGACUCUGUCAAUCUUUGUCACAAUGUGACUCUGAAAGCCAGUUCUCUCAUGGAGACAUCUGCCGUUUCCUUUCCAUUAUAGUGCCCCUUAUUCUGCACGCUUCACUUCUCUCCACUCUGACAGAUUUGAUUGUAAACACGAGAGAAGGAAACGGUCCUUUAACCCGGUGAGAGUGGCUGUGUGCUGGCAGGUGAACGGGCUGAAACCAAAGACGACUGCGUGGAAAGCUGUGGUGAUGGAUAAAAAGUGUUUGUGUCUGUCUGUGUGUCUCUUUAUGAAUGAUAUUCCGUAGCGCUCACUUCCUAUCAAUAUUUGUAGUAUAUUUCAAUUCUGCGUUGCAAGAAUCUUAAACCGACAGGUAUUCAGAUUUCACAAAAUAUACAACCAGUUAAUUUAGUGAAAGGAUGGUUAAUGAUUAUCAGUGAUUUCUUUCUUUCAAACUGUACUGAAAACGUGUCUUUGUGGUAUUUGUCCCCUGAAGAAGGACGAGAAGCUGUGCGAGUGGUUUCCUGUGAUUUUCAUAAGUAGAUGACUAUAUACUGGUGUUAUCGUUUUGAUGUGAAUUAAACUCCUAUGGCCUUAGUAACACACACGAGAUACUAGUAUUUCAACCCGUGGUCACUUACACACUUAUAUCAAGACUAAAUAUGCAUGGCAACAAAGCUAUUACUGAGGGAAUGUACGGAGCACAAUGUGGAGAUGAUACUCAUGCUCAUCUAGAAAUUAGGAAGCAUGCUGAAGUGUCUUUGUUUUGAACUGGAAACUGACUUAUUGUGACUGUAAAUGCAAGUUUCCAUCUGCUGAGCUGAGAUGUACAAAGAAAGCUUCUAUUCCCAAAGUCACAACUCUGCAUCAAUUACUUGACCUGAUGUUUUGUUUCUUUAGCUUGUGUGUGUGUGUGUGUGUGUGUGUGUGUGUGUGUGUGUGUGUGUGUGGGUGUGGGUGUGGGUGUGUGUGUGUGUGUGUGUGUGUGUGUGUGUGUGUGUGGGUGUGGCAGCAAUGGAAAGCAGUCACAACAGGGUAGUACUGAAGCAACCAAGGGCAGUGUGACUUUAUGGGUUAUGUCUGCUCUCUUUAUGAACUCUGCACAGUCCAUAGUGGCCUUAAAUGCAUUAAUAAACUGAUAAUUCAAAAGCUUUUUGUUUGGUUCUUUUUAAAACAAGUGGAAGUGGAGCAUGAGUCAGAAGUAUAUGUACUUCCCCAUACAGUACAUGUUGAGUGCAAGCAAAGUUAUUUAUUACAGCACAUUUUCAUACUACUAGUUGAAUUUCUAAAAGUUUCAAGAAUAUACUUGAUUUCAACAUAUCCCGCCUGCUUAUCAUUUGGGUUUGAGACAUUGUUAGUUUGUCCACGUUGCACAGACACCUCCAGACACCACCUUGUUCAGACGUAAAGCCCAUUCCGAUCAGCUGGACAUGGUGGUGUUUCUCCAGGAUCGGUUAAACCGAUGUGGCGUUCUUUCACAGAUGAUGCAUCUGAAAUCCAACCUUAGUUGCCUACACAUGUAUUAGCCCCGUAC